AAGGUUAAAUUGCAAAUUUCGCGCACUCACUUGUCGACGAUCAUGGCGGCCAUGGCGAAUGAACAAGAGCAAUUUGAAAGCCUCUUGGCUUCAUUAAUGUCCCCAGACAACGACGUCCGGAAUCAAUCAGAGGCAGCGUAUGAAAACAUCCCAACUGCGACAAAGAUUCAGUUUCUGGUCCGCUCUUUCCGCAAUGCAGAGGUUCCAGCAGAGUCACGACAAAUGGCCGCAGUGCUUCUGCGGCGGGUCAUCAGCACAUAUCAUGACCAGGUCUGGCCCUCUUUAGGGGCGGAGUCCCAACAGUGGAUUAAGGUGGAGCUUCUGAAUGGAAUCCAACAGGAGAACACCCCACUGGUACAGAGGAGGAUUUGUGAUGCGGCCUCUGAGCUGGCCAGAAAUUUGGUCGAUGCAGAUGGCGAGCUGCUUUGGACUGAAAUUCUGGAAUUCCUGUUCAGUUGUGCAACAUCCGAGAAUGUUGCCCUUAAAGAAAGUGCAUUACACAUCUUCAACAACCAUCCGGGUAUUUUUGGCAACCGGCAGGGACACUACCUUGAAGUCAUCAAGCAGAUGUUAGCCCAGUGCAUUACAGAACAGCAGCAGCUCAGUGUACGGAUACUAGCAGCGAAAGCCAUCAUCUCAUUCAUGCUUGCUCAAGGGAGCGACGCGGCAACCCAGAAGCACUUUGCCCAUCUCAUACCCCCAGUCAUACAGGCAUGCGUGGAAAGUGUGAGAGUCGGUGAUGACGACACAUUAUUGAAGAGUUUCAUCGAGCUGGAGGAGUCCGUUCCCAAGCUGGUCAGACCAAACCUGGAAACAGUCGUCGUCUUGGCUCUAAAUAUUGUUGAGGACACAAACUUAACGGACAGCUGGAGACAACUUGGGCUUGAAAUGAUCGUCACGUUAGCUGAGACUGCCCCAGCAAUGUUGAGAAAGCUACCGCAGUACAUACCACACAUCAUUUCUAAGAUGCUUUCGAUGAUGGUGGAUCUGGAAGAGGACCCAGACUGGGCAAUGGGUGACGACGUCGAUGACGAUGAUGCCGACUCGAACGCCGUCGCCGGAGAGAGCGCCCUCGACCGCUUCGCCUGCGGUAUCGGAGGGAAGACCAUGUUGCCGCAGAUCAAGACGUCGAUACCUCCAAUGUUGCAAAAUCCUGACUGGCGUUACCGGCACGCUGCACUGAUGGCCAUCUCAGCGGUUGGUGAGGGAUGUCACAAACAGAUGGAAGCCAUGUUGGGACAGAUUGUAGAGUCUGUCCUUCCUUUCCUUGGAGAUCAGCACCCAAGGGUCCGUUACGCUACUUGCAACGCCCUCGGCCAGAUGGCGACAGACUUUGCGCAGACCUUUGAGCGUAAGUUUCACCAGAAGGUCAUUCCGGGUCUCUUGGCUGUCCUGGACGAUCAUGACCAUCCCAGGGUGCAGGCUCACGCCGGCGCUGCGUUGGUCAACUUCAGCGAGGCCUGCCCCAAGAACCUGCUCCUGCCUUACCUCGACGCCAUCUUGACCAAGCUGGAGGUCGUUCUGAAUCAGAAAAUAAAAGAGUUGGUUCCCACCGGCGCCAAACUGGUCCUGGAACAGAUGGUAACCACGCUGGCUGCAGUGGCAGACACCUCGGAAGAGACGUUCCUGCAAUACUACGACCGUUUCAUGCCCAUCUUGAAAUACAUUGUCCAGAAUGCAAACAUGAAAGAGUUGAGGUUACUGAGAGGGAAGACAAUCGAGUGCAUCAGUCUCAUCGGGCUGGCUGUAGGAAGGGAAAAGUUUUCACUGGACGGCAACGACGUCAUGCAGCUGCUGCUCAAGUCGCAAGUCAACCCCAACGAGCAAGAGGACGACGAUCCGCAGGUGUCGUACAUGAUCUCGGCCUGGGGGCGCAUGUGUAAGAUCCUGGGGCGUGAUUUCCAGCAAUACCUGCCCCUCGUUAUGGGACCUACCAUCAAGACGGCGUCGCUCAAGCCCGAGGUUGCCUUACUGGACGCCGAAGAGGCCAAAACGAUGACAGAAGACGAAGGUUGGGAGUUUGUAAACCUGGGCGAGCAGCAGAGCUUCGGCAUCAAGACGGCAGGCUUGGAAGACAAGAGCACAGCUUGCCAGAUGCUGGUCUGCUACGCCAAGGAACUCAAGGAGGCCUUCGCUGAGUACACAGAGGAGGUCGCUAAGAUCAUGGUUCCUCUGCUCAAGUUCUAUUUCCAUGACAUGGUCAGAUAUACAGCUGCAGAGUCAAUGCCGCUGCUUUUGGAGUGCGUCAAGGACAAAGGUGACGAGUACAUCAGCCGCAUGUGGAGUUACAUGUACCCAGAGAUGAUUAAAGCCGUACAGACGGAACCAGAGGUGGAAAUACUACAGGAGCACAUGGACUCUCUCUCAAAGUGCAUAGAGUUUCUGGGUUCGGGUUGCCUUACCAACGAGCAGAUGCAGGAGAUCUCCAAGACGUUGAUUGACAUGCUUGAGGAGCAUUUCAAGAGACAGGCAGACAGGCAAGAAAAGAGGAAAGACGAAGAUUAUGACGAUGACGUCGAAGAGAAUCUUCAGGAUGAGCAUCAGGACGAUGCCUAUCUUCUUAGUAAGGUCUCAGACGUCGUGCAUGCCAUCUUGGGCACACAGCGGGAGGCAGGGAUACCGUUCUUUGAGCAGCUUCUCCCCCACGUUGUCAGACUGUUGUCAAUAGAGCGGCCAUGGACGGACAGGCAAUGGGGAAUUUGCGUAUUUGACGAUGUCAUAGAGUACCUUGGGCCAAAUUCCUUCAAAUAUCAGGAGUACUUCGUAAAUCCCCUGCUGCAAUUCAUCUGUGACCGAAGCGCCGAGGUCAGACAGGCGGCAGCCUACGGCUGUGGGGUUAUGGGAAAGUUCGGUGGACCGCAGUACGCACAGGCAUGCUUAGAGGCAGUUCCGCGGCUCUCGGCAGUGAUCGCAGACCCGCAGUCCAAAUCCAGGGACAACCUCAACGCGACGGAGAAUGCAAUCGCUGCCGUUACUAAGAUCCUGCAGCACAACAACAGCAAGCUGAACCUGGAAGAGCUGCUGCCCGUCUGGUUGUCGUGGCUACCGGUAACCGAGGACAAGGAGGAGGCGGUCCAUGUUUACAGUUUCCUGUGUGAUCUCAUUGAAUCAAACAAUCCCAUCAUCCUCGGAGUCAACAACAGCAAUCUGCCGAAUCUUUUGGCCAUCCUGGCUGAAUCGUUCUCCAGCGAUGCUCUGUGCGAAGACGAAAACGUUCUGCACCGCUGCAUACACAUCGUUAAGCAAAUCCAGAGCAACAACGAACUCUGGGCAGCCUGUGCCACACAACUGGCGACGGAACACCAGCAAGCUUUGUUCGACGCCCUCAAGAUGCUGGAACUCUGAACCUUGACCCCAACGUACGGUUACCAUGUUCCAUUGGUGUGGUAUGGCAUCGCUCAUUUGGAGCUGGGAAAUUUUGAAAUGGUGGAACCUGCACGUGGGUUUUUUUGGCACUGGGAGAUAAGUAAGAGAAUUUGCCAGGUUUUUUUUUUGGUGGUUGACGUGGAUGGCAGCAAUUUUAGUAGCCAGGUUGGUGGAAAGAAAGGAAGAUCGCCGAUUUUGUACUUCGGGUAAGAGUUGGAAAAAACCUAAUUCUUCGGUGAUUACUGGAGACAUAUGCACUGCCUGUUUUUGAAUAUCGUUUGUCAUUUUCAACGUGGUGUUUGGCAUUGAGGUUGUAACACGUGAAUCAAAAAUUGGCAGCCACCUUUUUUCUUCUUCGUAAUGCAGGGUUGUCCAGUUUGGGUGUGCAGGUUGCCAUUUCUAUGUUGAAAUUUUAAGAUACAGGUUGCCAAGGAAAUGCCUACUGACCUUAUGGGUAUGAUGUCAUGAGUCCUAUAGAGAGAUGCACAACAUGACCUCACUGAGGUCAAAUCUCGCAUAAGUUUACUGUGGGAAAACGGCUGUGCAUACCCUCUAUUGAACACGUUGGCUGCUAAAUUGUAAACAUUUAUUGUAAAUUUACUAGACACCAAUACAAGUUGUUGGUUAUCAGUUGGGAGAUUUGGGAUGCCAACUGCAGCAUGUUAGUUGCCAAAUUUCAACUCGCGUGGUUGCAAAUUUUACUUGUUAAAUCGUAACUUGGAUACUGUAAUAUCAUUGGUCGAGAAUGGCCACGUGUCCAGUCUGUAGAAAUGCAUAUACAUUGGUUAACCUCAUAUGCGUUGCGCGCGCGCGUGUAGAACCUGCACGUGCUCGCGACUGAGAGCUGCUAUCGCUCAGUCUCAUGCGUGCAUAUCCUGCAGGAAAGCAUGCAGCGAUUUAAUUUAUUUCUUGCAUAGUGAGCUACGACCAUUUAUCGUUUUGACUUUAGGCACGAUAUAACAAAUUCGCCUCAGGGGGGCUAUUAGCCCCCCUCGGGUGUUAAAAACAGCAUAUCCCACAUCACAGCAGUCAACCAUUGUUAAAGGAUGGAUUCCAAAAUCCACGUUGCAGAUUUCUUUUUUUGCUCAAUACAUGUACCUCUAGCCAACCUUCAAAUGCCUUUACAUCAGAAUUUUGCUUCAUAUCAUUUAGGCACGCUUUAGAGAUAAAAACGUUUAAAAAUCUGGAAGGAAUUUUACAAAAUGCUAUUUUUUAUUCAGUCAGUCAGUAAAUGUGUAUUGAUUAUAUGAAGCGGUUGUUUGCAAUUUUUCAUAAACGGAACUUUCUCCUGCUGCUUCUUUAAAACUGAGAAAAGCUGGAUUGUUGUUUAUCAUGUACGAAUCGAAGGAACUAUAUUUACAUUGUAAAAAGAAAGUAGUAGACAUGAAUUGCAAUGGAUGCAUUUCUCAUAAAGUACCAUUGAUUUUCGUGUGAAACUUGUAACAUAUUUCUCGUCUUUCUUUGGGCGUUUCAUAAUCAAUUGUAAGAUAAUUGUUCAGAGAAAAAAACAGUUCAGAGAUGUGAUUAUUUUUCCAUGGGUGGAGUCGAGUUUGGUCGACAGUCCUUGUUUUUUCUGAUCUUUACGUUGAGCUUUAACAAAAUGUGAUAAUUUUCUUUGUGAAAUAGAAAUCGCAACACAAUCGAGGAAUGUUUAUAAAAUGUGAAACAUUGUGAACUUGGUUUUCCCAGACAAUAUUGCCAUUUCGAAUUCCAUUUUUUUUUAAGUGCAAACAAAAUUGUGUAAUUUUGGGUCAUAAUGCAAAAAUGUAUUUUCAAGAUGGAAAAAGUGUAAGAUGUUAUUGUACAUGGUGCCACGCCCACACCUGCAACAUUGUAAUAAUCUUGAAACCACAGAGAAGGUUGGAAUACAUGGAUGUGUUUCUUGUGUUGUUUGGGGCAUAGCAAUAUUUGGACUGGUAGGUUGGAACCCAACAAGGAGAAGUUGCUUUUAAAAGUCAAAUCUCAGAUCGCAUGAUUGUUUUGAGCAGGGUUUGUUAUCUUGCUCCUACUCCUACACCAAGGGCGGAUCGGGGGGGGGGGGGCGGGGGCCAUGCCCCCCCCCCCCCCCCCCCAAAAAAAAUGCGUACACCACCAUCUCUUCCUCAAAAAGAAUUGGUUGUAGUGUUCAGAAAUUGCCUCAGAUCGCAUUACAGAGCAUCUAGAAUCAAAAAAAAAAUUCGGGGCCCCGAACCCCUCGCCGUAAUAUUUUGGACCCACUUUUUAGGGGACCAAAAUAUUUUGUUUGGCCCCCAAAAAAUUGUGUUCUGGAUCCGCCCUUGUCCUAAACAUACUGUAAGCCCCAGAGAGUUGCUUGGAUUAUGCUUUUGCGUUAAGCAUGUACCAACCAAGCAAGUUCUGAUUUCAUUUUAAUUUAAAAUUAACCCUUUUUUUUAAUGAAAAUGGUUAUCAUUUAUUACUAUUUACAAACUCCAAAUUGAACAUUAUGGAUUGAAGUUAAGUUAUUGGGUCACGUAUAGUUAUAGAGCCUUGAGUUUCUUCUCGAGUUCCAAGUUUGGAAUUUGUCAAGGGCGAAAACUUACUCUAAACUUUAAAAUGUACAAAAAAAGGAAAAAUGCAUUUUCGUGUUUGCCUGUACCAUAUUAGAUGACCCUUUCUUUAAAAAAAAAAUAAGUGCGUGAAAUCUUUUACAUUUCUCCUCGAGGAGUAUUGUAGACCUAAUACUUGUGGGGGGUUUCUUAGAAUAUAAGAAUUACCUAAAAUUAUGAAUGAAAUUUAACACAUUUAACACAGUAUAAAUAAAUGUAAAGUGGUUUCUUUUGGAACAAAAAAUA